GGUUAGAUGAGGAGGUGGGUAUAAGAAGGUGAAACAGCGCCAAGAGAACUCCAGAGCGUGAAUGCUGACAGGUGAACUUAAUUUUCAUUCACUACUUUGCAGAUAUUACCCGCAAUGCCAACCUCAAAAGAUAGCGUUCUAGUGAAAAUAUAUGCCUUUCUAGCAGUUUCCAUCGUUAUUUGCAUUGGGAUCGAGGCUCAAAACCAGCGUUUGCGAGCAGCUCUUCGCAGUUCAGAUUGGUUGAAUGAUGCAGAUGGAGAUAAUAUACCAGGACAAGCAGGAGUCGAUUAUCCAGUUCAUGCUACAGUACCCGAAGGAACAAGUUUUCGCUGCUCGGACUAUGACUAUGCAGGAUACUUCGGAGAUGUUGAAGCAGGCUGUCAGGCAUAUCAUGUAUGCUUUCCUGAUGGCAGAAAUGCCAGUUUCCUGUGUGUGAACGGCACGAUUUUCCAUCAGAGAUUCUUUGUCUGCGAUUGGUGGUUUCAUUUUGAAUGUGGUAAAGCACCAAAUAUGUAUGAGUUAAAUUUGUUUCGGAAAAUUCCAUUGCCCGUUCUCCCUCCUCCACCCAGAAGACCUUUUCCUGGACCUAUUCCGCAGCCGAAAAUGGACUUAGCUCCUCUACCACCUCCAAGACCUCCACAACAAAGGGGCCCAAAGAACCUUGUUUUGAAUUCGAUCGAAAAGAGCAACAACCCAAAUGACAGACAGAAUGAAAGAGACAAGAAACCAAAGGAUGUAAGAAAUCCGCAGUCAUGGAAUCCGAAUGCCGAAAAUAAAUAUAAAAAUCCAGCAGAAAGAAGAAAUCCAUUUACUGGAGGGAAGGAAGAUCAAUGCAAUUGCCAGUGCGAUGGGAAUGCUGCUUGAAACUUUAUAUCACAUUAUAAUUAUUGAACUGUAAUUUCAAAUUAUCUAGAUAUAAUGUAACUGCCAAAAAAUAAAUUGAAAUGGUCUAUAAAUAGAUAAAAACAAGCGCGUGUUAAGUUGUAAAUUGAUAGUGUUUCACCAGUGUACUGUAAAUAUUGGUUAAUAAAUGGCACUGGCAUU